GCCUGGCAGGGUCAGCUCUGCCAGGCCCGCCACUGCAGUGUGUGGCCUCCUGCCACCCUCCCAGCCAAGGCACUGGGCACAGGGUCAGCAGGUCGCAGAGCUCUGAGAAAGCCCAGUGCUGUCCCCUGUGAACCAAGUCCAUCCUCUUGGGAGAGCCUGGGCGCAGCAGGUCCUCUCCUGCCUCUGCCUCUGGCCCGCCCCGCCCAGGAGCUUCGGGUUUGGCCAAACCCCCAAACCUACAAGGGCAUUUGAAGGGAGCACCUCCUGACCGUCACAGUGGGGGCGGGGUGCUGACACAGCACAGCUAGGCCCUGUCACCUCUGGGGAAUGUCACCUGUGGGGUUGGGCAGGCCGAGCAGUUGGCUGCAGCUGGGACGCCUCUCAGGAGACCCCGCCCUGAGCCCUGCCCCACCCUACCUGCACCAAUUCAGGGAAGUUAAGUGAGAAUCCCACAGGCCCAGCGUGCCAGAGCAGCGGACAGUCGAGGGGAAGGGCAGAGCGGGCCACCAUGGCGACACUCCUCUCCAACCCCCAGCGGCGCCCUCCCCUCUUGCGCCAGGCCAUCAAGAUAAGGCGCCGCAGGGUCAGAGACCUGCAGGAUCCUCUACCCCAGAAGGAGAUCGAGCCUCCAUCCCACCAACUCUCCCCCGAGGAGCGGACCCUGCUCUACGAGGAAGCUCUCUACACUGUCCUGCACCGCCUGGGGCAGCCGGAGCCCAACCAUGUGAUUGAGGCCUCUGAGCUACUGCGGUACCUACAGGAGGCCUUCCACGCGGAGCCUGAGGAGCAUCAGCGGACGUUGCAGCGGGUCAGGGAGCUCCAGAAGCCAAUAUUUUGUCUGAAGGCAACGGUGAAACAGGCCAAGGGCAUCCUGGGCAAGGACGUCAGUGGGUUCAGUGACCCCUACUGCCUGCUGGGCAUCGAGCAGGGGGUGGGCGUGCCAGGGGACAGCCCGGGGGCCCGGCGCCGGCAGAAGGCCGUGGUGAGGCACACCAUCCCCGAGGAACAGACCCACCGCACCCAAGUCAUCAACCAGACACUCAACCCCGUCUGGGACGAGACCUUCAUCCUGGAGUUUGAGGACAUCGCCAAUGCGAGCUUUCAUCUGGACAUGUGGGACCUGGACACGGUAGAGUCUGUCCGACAGAAGCUGGGGGAGCUCACAGAUUUGCACGGACUUCGGAGGAUCUUUAAGGAGGCCCGGAAGGACAAAGGACAGGACGACUUUCUGGGGAACGUGGUUCUGAGGCUGCAGGACCUGCGCUGCCGAGAGGACCAGUGGUACUCCCUGGAGCCCUGCACCGAGACCUACCCGGACCGUGGCCAGUGCCACCUCCAGUUCCAGCUCAUUCACAAGCGGAGAGCCACAGCGGCCAGCCGCUCCCAGCCCAGCUACACGGUGCACCUCCACCUUCUGCAGCAGCUCGUGUCCCAUGAGGUCACGCAGCACCAGGCGGGCAGCACCUCCUGGGACGGAUCGCUGAGUCCCCAGGCUGCCACCAUCCUCUUUCUCCAUGCCACGCAGAAGGACCUGUCCGACUUCCACCAGUCCAUGGCGCAGUGGCUGGCCUACAGCCGCCUCUACCAGAGCCUGGAGUUCCCCAGCGGCUGCCUCUUACACCCCAUCACCAGCAUCGAGUACCAGUGGAUCCAGGGCCGGCUCAAGGCAGAGCAGCGGGAGGAGCUGGCCUCCUCCUUCCGGUCCCUGCUGGCCUACGGCCUCUCCCUCACCCGGAGGUUCCGCUCGGUCUUCCCCCUCUCUGUCUCCGACUCCCCGGCCCGGCUGCAGUCUCUCCUCAGGGUCCUGGUACAGAUGUGCAAGAUGAAGGCCUUUGGAGAACUGUGCCCAGAUAGCGCCCCACUGUCCCAGCUGGUGACCGAGGCCCUGCGGACUGGCACCAUUGAGUGGUUCCACCUGAAGCAGCAGCACCAUCAGCCCAUGGUGCAGGGCAUGCUGGAGGCGGGCAAGGCCCUGCUGAGCCUAGUACAGGACAUCGUUGGCGACCUGCAGCAGUGCCAGCACACGUGGAACAAAAUCUUCCACAAUGUCCUCAAGAUUGACCUCUUCUCCCUGGCUUUCCUGGAGCUGCAGUGGCUGGUGGCCAAGCGGGUGAAGGACCACAUGGCGGCAGCUGGCAGCCCCAUGUCCCCAGAAGUGGGCGAGAGUCUGUUCCAGCUCUACGUCAGCCUCAAGGAUCUCUGCCAGCUGCAGGCGGUGCUCUCGCAGAGGGACGGAGUCCUGGCCCUGGACGGUUUCCACUGCUGGUUCCAGCCAGCCAUCCCCUCCUGGCUGCAGAAGACGUACAGCGUGGCCCUGGCGCGCGUGCAGCGCGCGGUGCAGAUGGACCAGCUGGUGCCCCUGGGUGAACUGACCAAGCAUAGCACGUCAGCCGUGGAUCUGUCCACCUGCUUCGCCCAGAUCAGCCACACUGCCCGGCAGCUGGACUGGCCGGACCCAGAGGAGGCCUUCAUGAUCACUGUCAAGUUCGUGGAGGACACCUGUCGGCUGGCCCUGGUGUACUGCAGCCUUAUAAAGGCCCGGGCCCGCGAGCUCUCUGCAGGCCAGAAGGACCAGGGCCAGGCAGCCAACAUGCUGUGCGUGGUGGUGAAUGACAUGGAGCAGCUGCGGCUGGUGAUCGGCAAGCUGCCCACCCAGCUGGCAUGGGAGGCCCUGGAGCAGCGUGUAGGGGCCGUGUUGGAGCAGGGGCAGCUGCAGAACACACUGCAUGCGCAGCUACAGGGCGCGCUGGCCGGGCUGGGCCAUGAGAUCCGCAUUGGUGUCCGCACUCUGGCCGAGCAGCUGGAGGUGGGCAUUGCCAAGCACAUCCAGAAACUUGUGGACGUCAAGGAGUCUGUCCCGCCUGAGGACGCCAUUCUGCCCUUGAUGAAGUUUCUGGAAGUGAAGCUCUGCUACAUGAACACCAACUUGGUGCAGGAGAACUUCAGCAGUCUUCUGACCCUGCUCUGGACCCACACGCUCACGGAGCUGGCGGAGGCGGCCGCCUCCCAACGCAGCUCGCCCCUGGCCUCGAGCAGGCUGAAGACUGCCCUGCAGAACCUGGAGAUUUGCUUCCACGCCGAGGGCUGUGGCCUGCUGCCCGAGGCCCUGCACACAGCCACAUUCCAGGCUCUGCAGAGAGACCUGGAGCUGCAGGCAGCCUCCAGCCGGGAGCUCAUCCGGAAGUACUUCUGCAGCCGCAUCCAGCAGCAGGCAGAAACCACCUCUGAGGAGCUGGGGGCCGUCACAGUCAAGGCCUCCUACCGCGCCUCCGAGCAGAAGCUGCAUGUGGAGCUGCUCAGCGCCUCCAGCCUGCUGCCCCUGGACUCCAACGGCUCCAGCGACCCCUUUGUCCAGCUGACCUUGGAGCCCAGGCAUGAGUUCCCUGAGCUGGCUGCCCGGGAGACCCAGAAACACAAGAAGGACCUUCACCCACUGUUUGAUGAAACCUUUGAAUUCCUGGUGUCUGCCGAGUCCUGCCAGAAGGCUGGGGCAUGCCUCUUGCUUACCGUGCUGGACCAUGACACCCUGGGAGCGGAUGACCUGGAAGGGGAGGCCUUCUUGCCGCUGUGCGACCUGCCUGGGCUGACCGGCUCCGAGGAGACUGGCGAAGUGCCACAGACCCGUCUGCCCCUCACAUACCCCACACCCAACGGGGACCCAAUCCUGCAGCUACUGGACAGCCGGAAGGGUGAUCGGGAGGCCCAAGUCUUUGUGAGGCUGAGGCGCCAGCGAGCCAAGCAGGCCUCCCAGCAUGCCCCGCGGCCAGGGCGGUAGCAGUGCAGGUUGGGGGUGGGGCUGGGUCCCCAGCAGGGCUUCCCCACCACAGCACAGCCCUCCAGCCCAGCCUAACCCUCGUCAGUGACAGCGUUAGUGCAGGCCCCUUUGGUCCUCCUGCCAGCAGCAGGGCCCACGGUGAGGGGACACAUUAGCAUUGUCUCUACUCCCCACCCCCACCCUGGCCACAGCAUUCUCUGCCACGUCCCAGCACCAGAGGGAGCAUCUCCUGCCCCUGCUCGCCUCUUGGAAAGCUGCUCUGGUGGGCAGAGCCUCCGGCCAUCUGUCUCCCAGCCUGCCGGUUCCAGCCACUGGCAGGGGGAGCGGGAGGAUCACUGGGCCCAGGACUGCGGGCACAGAGCCUCCUGGGGAAGGGAGAGGGGACCCUGCCAAAGAAGAGGCUCCAGCUGCCCUGGGGGAGGAGGGGUGGUGUCCAUUACUAGAGGGAGCUGGGUCCUCUCCCCAGGGGCUGCUAGUACUCAGGCCAAGGACCUUCUGGCUCUGAGGCAGCGAGAGCUGGCAGGCGGCAGGGCUGGCACAAAGGGACGGAAGCAGAAAGGACAGUUUGGCUGGCUGUGUCUACUGAGAACACCUCCUCCCUAGGACAGCACCUGCCACCUAGAAACCUUCUUAGCAAAAAUAAAUAAACCCAAUGCAUUGCCCUCUUAGAAAAUA